GUUGAGUUACACGUCAGUAGUGAACCUGUACUGGUGAGUGGACGUGUACAGUGCACGUCAGGCGGUUCCCGGAUGCACCAAACAGAAACAUGGAACGGGUAGUGGUGGAAGUGCCGAUCAACAACGGUUUUUCCCUUGCCGGCCCUUCCAUGACCCCCCGAAAGCGUCAAGUGCGGUUUUCAGCGCGGCACGACAUCAUCCUUCUUCGAGAGGUCAUCGCCCAGAACCCCUUUGCCUCAAAAGAACCAGGACGGAUCUGGGCCCGUGUGGGGGAAAUUAUCACAGCAGCCCUCCAAGAUGAAAACUUUGAGGUGGAUGCCAGGAGGUGUAGGGAGAGAACCAUGCUACUGCUAGACUACUACAAGAAACAAGACUUCCCCAGCCUACGCAGGUUUGGAACAGAGAGGUUGUACGCCCAAAAGGAGGAUCUGCUACAUGAGGUUUUAGAGUUGGAGGCUGAGAAAGGGCUCUUGGCCGGUGGUGACAGCACAAAGUACCAGGAUGAUGAGCUGAGAAAACGAGCCAUAGAGGAAUUGACUCUGCCAGAGCAGGACAAACCCAACAUCACUAUCACACAAACACCCACUGCAGCAGAACCAGAGGAAGAUCGCGAGGAAAUAACUGAGCUGUCAGCAGCGCCCACAGCCAAGCGACCCUGUCAGUGCUGCUGCCAGACCUACUCUGAGAUUCUCAGCUUCCUGGAGAAACGCUCGGAGGCAGAGCAACGGCUGCGAGAGGAGGAGCUCGCCCUUCGCCGGGAGGAACUAGAGAUUCAGAGGAGUAAGAUCGCUCUGGAGAGGGAACGUCUGGGAGCUGAGAGAAAAGAGAGGGAACGGAGAUUUGAGCUGGAGAGCCAAGAGAGGCAGGUCAUCUUGGACCUGCUAAAAGAAAAGGUGUUGAAAGGCUGAAAGAGAAAACCUGUAUCACCUGCAUUUUUAGUGGCAUCUUCAAAAAAGUCAAAGAAGGACAUAUAGCAAAAAAAAAACAACCAUGGUUGACUGCAAAAAAGGAAGGAAAACAGGGAUGGAGGAAGUGAAAAAUGUGAUCAAAGAGAUGAACAGUGCAAUGAGAUUUAAAAUGUUGGACAGUAAUGCAGUAUGUGCAGUUACCUUACCUUGUGUGUGCCUGUUAUGCAGGCACAUUCAGUAUGUGUGUGUGGUUCACAAAGUACCAGGAAAGACAGAGUUGCUGACAGUGUUUAAAAGCAUUAAUAUUUGCCAAAACCAUCUGCACAUGAGCUGAACUGUAUGGAUUCAGAUAGAAAAUCCCUGUGCUUUGCGCCUGCAUGAGGAUUUAAAAGUGCUGUAAUUGUUGGACUGUCACCUGUGAAAUGGAAUGCAGAAAAGGGUGUGGUUACUUAGGUGUGGUGAUCCACUGUGCCAAGACUGGAAGACAGUUUCACCACAUCUCAGGAUGGCUGAUAGCCCAAAAGAGGAUGAAUGCCUUCUCUUGUGAGACUAACAACAGUUAUGUUUGUAGAGUCCCAAUGACAUAGUACGGGACACCAUUUUUGGUGCCAUGAUGGAAAAAACAAAACAAAAACAAAAACAAAGAAAAGCUGUACAUUUAAGCAAGUAAUAUUAAAGUUACGAUGCAGCUCAAGCUUCUGCAAACCCUGUAGCAUUCACCAUAUUAAUGACUUUACACAUGCUUUGCUGAGCCACUACUUUUUUAAUCUAAAGACUUUUUGAUUAAAGUAGAAAUAAAACUAUAUUUUACUGACUGUGAAUUCAAUGCACAAUGACUGGUAAGCAGUUUUGUACUGUAAAAAUCCACACUAAAACAAGCCAUGGAGUGUGAGCCCAUAUUAUCAAAUUGUACAGAAACUGCUGAUAAUUUCUAAACUGAAAUUAGAUUAAGUAAUAAUGUCACAUAUUAGGUGUGUACAAUUCUUGCUAUUAUUUGGUCAAAUGUAUGUGAGUGUCCUGAGUUUAAGUUGAUAUAUCCGGGUACAAUUAACUGUCAUUGAUUAAAUUUGCAUUAUUAUGUUAACACAGAUCUACAGGUAGUUUUUUUCCCCUGUGUAUGAGUUAUUAAAUAAACAGGCUUUUAUUACAUGGCUGUUGCCACUGUUACCUUCUGUAUAUUGUUCAUAGAAAUGCUUUUAAUUAAAAUGCUAUUUUCCCUUAAGUCCCCAGAACAUAGUCUACGCUGUAAAAAAUGAAAGCAUGUAAAGAAAAUUUGUUAAUCUAAAAAGCUAAUCAUUUCUAUCCUGCAAAUAAAAAAAUG